AUGCUGAUACAAUUUUGGGGUCUUCAAGAAAAGAGCGCGAACAUCCUGCGAACUACUUGUCGUCCAGGGUGUCCAUGGGCGGAAAGCACAUUUGUAAGUGCGUGCUUAACAGAAGACUUUCAGCUGGUACCAAUAAAUAUAGACUGGAACAAGCAAGUUUUACAAAAUACUGUUAUCUGUGGCAAAAAUAUUACCAGUGAAAAUGCCAAAAACGUAACUAAUAGAGAACUUAAAGACGGGCUUUUAGAUUAUUUUCAAAAUUAUGAAAACGAAAAGAAUGAAUUGUGUCCAAGGGUUCCGCCCCAUCUUGGACCUGUGCCGGGUGAUAAAUCAAUUAUUGGAUUGUAUGGUAUUGAAAAUAUGCAUAUUGAUAUUGUGGUGGGCGGUAUACACUCACCCUCUGCGUUAAACGCAACGACCCCAUACAAGCGUGGUCAACUGUACAACAUUGGUUUCGAAGUGGCUCAAACGAAGCGAGCAGAAGGUUGGAUGUGCUUCAUAUUCCAUGACCCUCACUUAGUUCCUGAAGAUACGAGGAACCUAUACCGUUGUGGGAGCCGUCCUAAAAGACUGGUGGCAGAUACACGUAUGCCUCCAAGAUUUGGUGGUGCCAUUUCUAUUCAGCCGGAAAAAUUUACCAAAGCUAACGGGUUUUCAAAUCUUGCUUGGAAUGAUGAUGAUGAUUACAUAGAUAUGUAUCGAAGAUUGAUCGUAGCCAACAUAUCAUUAGAAACGAAUAAGGCGCCAAUAGGAAAAUAUUCUUCCUUACCGUAUCUAAAGCAAACAAAUAAUAUAACUGUAAGAAGAAAGCAAACAACACCAAGUCUAAAAAAAUUAAACGAAGGACUAAACAACAUUAAAUUAACGAUAAUGUCCAUAGAGUAUCACCAACUUUAUACAUUGUGGCGCCGAUUUACCUUUUUUGAUGUCCAUAAUAAUAUAGAUAAUGGAAAAAUUGCUGAGUGCCUACAGGACACUCAUGUAACAGUAGCUACAAGUGGAAAUAAUCAUGUCAUACUCUGUGACUUGACAGGCUGGGCCCACCUAAUCUCCCGUUCAUGGGAGAUCACAUCAUUUAAAGCAUAUGAACUCAUAAUAACACAUGCCCAACAAUUGCCACAUGAUACUCUGUUGGUGACAAUAGGGGAGGAUGAAACUGGUGUAACUCCGUUAAUAAAAGUAUGGGAUUGGUCAAGGGUUGACCGGCAUGGGAACCCCAAAUGUGUGAGAACAUCAAGGGCUGUGCCCUCACAUAUGUUUCCCACUCCGGCCACAGCAUUAGCCGUACAUGAUAAUAAGAAUCUUCUAGCUGUAGGUUUUCAAGAUGGCUCUGUAUCACUGUUUCGUGGAGAUAUAGCAAGACAACGUGGUAAAAUGAAAACAUUAUCAGACACCGGUACUAGCCCCAUCACAGGACUUGCUUUCAAAGACACUGAUAAAUUAUUCAUAGUAUCCCGUAAUUGCAUUAUGGUGUCCUAUGUGAAUAGUGACAAAUGUGUAGUUCUUGAUUCUAUGGGAGCGGUGGCUGGCUGCAGUGUUUUGGCUGAUAGGCAUAGACUCACUGUCGCUACAAGUGAGGCGAUAUACUGCUAUACCACCGAAGGGCGGGGUCCCUGCUACGCUUUAGAAGGCGAAAAGCUCCGUCUUAAUUGGUUCCGCAGUUACCUCGUGAUCACUACAAGCGAAACCUCCACGAAGCCAUCCGGCUCAUCCACCACGCCCAAAUCCCACCACGUCACAAUUCUAGACAUACAAAACAAAUUCAUCGUCUUCUCGAAGACAUUCGAGGAAAUUGAUGCAGUUUUGACAGAGUGGGGAUCUUUCUAUAUUCUAACGAAGAAAAAGGAAAUGAUAUAUUUGGAUGAGAAGGAUCUGCAGUCGAAGUUGUCUUUGCUAUUCAAAAAGAAUCUCUAUGAUGUUGCGAUAAGGAUCGCGAGUAGUCAGCAUUAUGAUGCGGAGGGGCUCACGGAGAUAUAUAAACAGUAUGGCGAUCAUUUAUAUAGCAAGGGAGACCUUAAAGGCGCAAUAUAUCAGUACGUAAAAACGAUUGGUCGGCUCGAGACAUCUUAUGUUAUACGGAAAUAUUUGGAGCCGAGACACUUGGAGCCGCUCAUACAGUAUUUAGAAGAAUUACAUAAAAAGGGAUUUGCCACAGAGGACCAUACUACUCUAUUAUUGACAUGUUACGUCAAAAUAGAUCAACACGACCAACAAGGGAAAUUGAAACUGUUCAUCAAUUCUAAGGACAAGGCCAUAGAUUUUGACGUGGAUGUCGCUAUAAAGGUAGUCCGACAAGUAAGCAUAGACGAUGCCCUCUCAUUAGCAGCGAAUCAUAACAGACACGAUUGGUAUCUCAAAAUGAUGAUUGAAGACAAAAAAGAAUUUAAACAAGCCCUCGAUUAUAUAGCGGAGUUAGAAUUUGACGAUGCCGACUGCUAUAUGAAGAAAUACGGCCAUAAAUUGAUACAACAUGAACCGGAAGAGAGUACGGAGUUGUUAAAAUUAAUGUGUACAGACUACAAACCACGUAGUAAGCCGUUAGUUGACGAAUCGUCGCUUGUCGGUAGAUAUCGGGAACCCGAUCGUUCUAUUCCUGACGACUUUAUUCACAUGUUCCUUAGUAACUCAGAGAAACUGAUCAUCUUCUUGGAACACAUGAUAUCAACAGAUGUCAAAUGCUCUACCCUUGUUUUUGAUGCCCUGAUUGAACAUUAUAUUCAUGUAUGGGCGAAAUCACCCAACAGUGAAAAAUUAAUAUAUGAACAGAAAAUACUGAGUGUGCUCAAGGAACCAGAGUCGAACUAUGAUAAAGACCACACCCUGAUCAUUUGUCAAAUGUUGGGAUUCAAAGCUGGCAUAUUACAUCUGUAUGAAGAGAAGAAAUUAUGGCGUGCUCAAGUGUCCCUGCACAUGCGCAGUGGUGAAGCCGAUCUCGCGUUGGCCGUAUGUCGAAGACGGGGCGCGGUUUGUCCUCGUCUAUGGUUGGACGUUUUAUGGACGCCGCCCCCGCCUCGAUGCUUGCCUGAUUUAUUGCAUGUUGUUGCGACUGAAAAGCUGAUGUCACCAAUUCUAGUCGUAGACUGCUUAGCGAGCACGCCUACGUACACGCUCGGGGACGUUCGAAAAUACCUAAUGGACGUUCUUAAAUCGGAAGACGAAGUUAUAACCCGCGAACAAGAGUUGGCUACCAAAUAUAAGAAAGAGAUUGAGAAGAUGAAAGCUCAUAUACAGGUGAUCCAGCAUGAACCAGUGACAUUCCAGUCUUCCAGAUGUGCAGCCUGCAAUCGACCUCUAGAACUACCCACUGUACAUUUCCUCUGCCAACAUUCCUAUCACCAAGAUUGUUUCCAAACGUAUAGCGAAACGGAAAGGGAGUGUCCUGCCUGUGCGGCGCCUUCCCGAAGACCAGAGGCUUUGCCCCACGCGGCCGAAGCCCUACAUUCGAGAUUGCAGCAACAACACGAUCCAUUUGCAGUAGUCUCAGAAUACUUCGGUCGAGGUCUAUUCAAUAAGGUGACGGUUGUGACUGAGGCCCCCACGCCAAGUCCGCCGCAGUCCAGUUCAGUCUCUGAGACUGCGACACUCUCAUAUGGACCAGGCGCUGAGGCUAGACUUAGACUGCAGGAGGGGCAAAGCAAGGAGAUUUUCGUCUCCAACACGGCAAAGCAAAUACCACCUAAAGGGACAUCAAUCGUUCCAGUACCGGAAGGUCGUAUGCGCGUCCUUGAACAGCAGAAAUACAGUUCGAGCCUCGAAGCACAUUUGACCCGCUUAGAACCGGUACACGUUCAAAAAGAUAGAGAUUCCCCAAUCUCUAGCGCAAUAUCCAACGGCAACCCUUUUGAGGAAUAUGACGAAACGAAAAAUCCAUUUGCAGAUGAAAGCGAUCCAACCAACCCAUUUGAGAAUGAUGAUUAUGAUAAAAACUUAAACCCAUUUGCGUCGUGA